GUAUCCUAGGGUCUCCUUCCCAGGAGGAUCUGAACUGCAUCAUUAACAUCAAGGCCAGGAACUACCUGCUGUCUCUCCCACUGUGCUGCAAGGUCCCCUGGAACCGCCUCUUCCCCAAAGCCGACUCCAAAGCUCUGGACCUGCUGGAUAAGAUGUUGACCUUUAACCCCCACAAGAGGAUCGAGGUGGAGGCGGCUCUGGCUCACCCUUACCUGGAGCAGUACUACGACCCUACAGAUGAGCCUGUAACAGAGACUCCCUUCAAGUUUCCUGGAGCUGUCUCAGUUAGCCUGAAAACUGAGAAGAGACUCUAA